GGAUGGAUGGAUGUCACUGAUUGUGAAUUUUCCCACCAUUGUUUGUGCACCUGAAGGCGCCAUUUAACGCCUCACGUUUGCGUCAUUACGUCAGAGGGAGCAGCAGAAGAACAAAAUGGAGGAAUAUGCCAGAGAGCCGUGUCCUUGGAGGAUUGUGGACGACUGUGGGGGUGCGUUCACCAUGGGGGCCAUUGGCGGUGGAAUAUUCCAAGCAGUGAAAGGUUUCAGGAAUGCACCUUCGGGAAUGAGUCACAGAAUGAGAGGCAGCAUGACAGCUAUCAAGACCAGAGCACCACAGCUUGGAGGCAGCUUCGCAGUGUGGGGAGGACUCUUCUCCAUGAUCGACUGCGGCCUGGUAAAGGUGCGUGGGAAGGAGGACCCCUGGAACUCCAUCACGAGCGGCGCCAUGACGGGAGCCAUCCUCGCUGCCAGAAAUGGGCCAGUGGCCAUGGUGGGCUCUGCGGCCAUGGGGGGCAUCUUGCUGGCCUUGAUAGAGGGCGCCGGGAUCAUGCUAUCUCGAUUUGCUUCGUCACAAUUCCCCACAGGUCCUCAGUUUGCAGAGGAGCCAGCCCCCACCCCCAUGCCUGCCGCCCCCUUUGGAGACUACCGACAAUAUCAGUGAGAGGAUCAGUCACCUCUCGCCCUUCUUUGGCCUUUUUUUUUUUCUGGAGUUAAAAAGUGGAAAUGGAGAUGACAUGCACAUACCUAACCAUAGAGACAACUACACCCCCUCACCACCACCACAUGAUGAACUGAGACUGCACAGUGACAUCUUCAUUUUCAUACAGAAUACACACAGGUGGUUGUUGUUUUUAUACAUGCAGUGGAACCUCCAAAAGGGGAACACACAAAGACAAACGUAUCCCUUUUUGGGGACUUUUUUUUUUACAUACACAACAAAUGAUCUGGCCCAUUUGUCCCGUUUUAAAAAUCCAUUGUCUAUUAAGCACUAAAGUCCACUCACCCCCUGUGCUAAUCAAUAGCCACUAUGCUAUUUACAUUAUAUCUGCCUGUUGUAAAUUUUGUGAAUUGUAUUGCUCCUGUUGUAUUGAGCAGCCAGACGCUUUCUGAUCCAUUAUAUGUGGUGAAAUGGAAGCCACAGAAAAUAAACAAAUGUGGCAAGCUUUUGGUGCUAGGCUUUAGCCCCAAAAAUCAAUUGGAGGAAAAAUAAUGGUAUUAAAAUAAUAAGGGACAUAAUUUGUGUAUGGAAUGUAGUGAGCAGCGAGACACAUCCCUAUGUCACGGGAAGUUCCAUUACUGGUUCUAUAUUUACCAAUGGUUUCCACAGGUUUUGUUUGACUUUUGAGGCACAUUUUUCCACAAAAUGUUGGUCUAACUCGCGUUCAUAUUUGGAGGCUCCGCUGUAUUGUGAUUUCUGCUGUUUUAGGUGUUGUUUUGUCAUAAAUAUCCGUAGCCCAGUUGCUGCAGAUUAAGGCCAGGUGAUCUGGUUGAGUGUUGAAUGCGGCGAAAAACCACACAGUGUGGUUAACUAAUGUUAAUACUUUAGUGUACUGUAUAUACAUUUAAAGGCUCUCCCUUGUAUUUGCUCAUUUGCCUUAAAUUGAACACAUGCUCGAGCUUGCUGGGGGCCUCUUAGUCCAGUUGGUUUCAUGGGGAUGUAUUUAUUUUUACAAUGUAAACAGGCAACAAAGUGUUUUAUGCAGAGGAUCUUUUUGCAUUCAAAACACAAAAGAGACGUGUGGGGGAAGGCAUAAUCGCAAAAGGCACUGCGAUUGAAUGGAGGAACUCAUGCAACGGGUCGUUACAUCAUGUAUUCAAUCCAUAUGAGAGAUUGUAUUAUAAGACAAUAAACUGAAAUGUGUUUUAA